AUGGCGGACAAUGCGGCGGCGCUGGCGGCGGCGGCGGCAAGCAAGCUGUGGAACAUUGUACGUGUAGUGGUGUUCAUGUUGAAAAAGGGAAUAGCCAAGAGGAAAAUAAAGAUCAAUCUCAGUUUAUUGGUGAAACGGGGGAAGAUCGCCGUCAGCAAGGCCGUCGCCGGCGGCAUCAAACUCCACCAUCAUUACGCAGCAUUAACCUGCCGAUCUCACGACUCUUACCUCUCCUUUAUCUCUCCCAGCGACUACGAGUUCAGCUGCAACAACAGCCCCGCCCUCCCCUUUCGCGCCAUGGCAAACAACAAACGCAAGCACAAGCCCUACAACCACGACGACGUUUCCGCAUUCAAUGCCUUCCGGAAGCUUCUUGUCGAUAAUCUCGAGGUGGCGAAUUCGCCGUCUGCGACUUUGCCUUGGUUCGGCCAGAGGCCUGCCGGGAGGCAACUCAGAAUCACCGAUUCGCCUUUCCCCCUGAAAGACGACGACGAGGAUGGAGAUGGACAAGUCGACAAGGCAGCUGAAGAAUUCAUCAACAGGUUCUACAAAGACCUGAAUUUACAGAAAAGAAUGGCUGCUUCCGAUUCACCUAACAAUAACAUAUGGGAGAGAUGA